AUGGUGCGUGCAGCAGCGGCGGCGUAUCCCCCCUCCGUCCUCCGUGCGCGCGCUGUGGGAGCGAACGGAGCUUUGGCAGGAAAGAAGCCCGCCCCGACGGCGUCAGCCGAGGGCGCGGCGGCCAGCGGCCUGCGCAACCGGCGCCCGGUGGCGGCGGCGCGCUCGGGCCAGAACACGGGCCGCGGCAUGGGCGGCAGCACGGCCGGCAUCCUGCGCUUCUACACGGACGACUCGCCCGGCCUCAAGAUCGGCCCCACGACGGUGCUCGUGAGCUGCCUCAUGUUCGUGGGCUUCGUGGUGCUGCUGCACGUGUGGGGCAAGUUCCGCGGCUAG